AUGGGAUUGCAAUGUAAAAUGUUAUCAUAUUCAUUAAUUGCAAUAUUAGGUAUCAAUUAUUUCCACGACAUGAAAAUAAAUUCAGAUUAUACUGAAUGCAAGUCCGAAGAUUUAGAUCCAUUUGGCAAAUGUGAACCUGUAGAUUGUGCCCUCAAAUAUUUCGGAAGAAGAAAUUUUUUUAAUUCUGCAUAUUCUAAAUGCGAAACUGCCGUAACUUGUCAUGACACAGAAGUUUAUGACUAUGACAUCAAUGAAUGUCGAUAUAGCGAUAAUAUUUUUUAA